AUGAGUUGCUCUAAAGCCAAAGCUUUGGCCACGCCUACUACUAGCAGUGUUCCUCCUCGACGAACGUUUUAUCGUCGUCCCCUUCCCGAUUCUUGUACAGCAUUGAGUUCGCCCCAAGGCCAAGAACGGUUUGCCUCGGCCAUGGCAAACAAGGGCGUGAAAUCUUUCUUUGUCUUGAUGGAACAAUAUACGACACAGCCGGAACCCGCCUUUUGUGGCAUGACCACUUUGGUAAUGGUCUUGAAUGCCCUGGCCGUGGAUCCUCGCAAACCUUGGAAGGGACCUUGGCGGUGGUACGAAGAAACAAUGCUCAAUUGUUGUUUAGAUUUAGAAGAGGUCAAACAAACGGGAAUUACAAUCCAAGAUUUUCGCUGUUUGGCCAUUUGUCAAGGACUCUUUGUCGACACGGUCUAUGCUGCUGCUGCUCCUCAAGAUGGGGACGACAAAAAUACUAGUACUACUAGUAGUAGUGUGGAAGACUUUCGACGUGCCGUACAACAGGCAUGUGUCGGUUCGACGACGCCCGACGAACUCUUGGUGGUGUCCUAUUCGCGCAAAGUCUUGGGACAGACAGGAUCCGGACACUUUUCGCCCAUUGCCGCAUACGAUGCUGCAUCGGAUUCCGUUUUGGUGAUGGAUACGGCACGCUUCAAGUACGGUCCUCAUUGGGUCAGCGUUCCCCUCUUGUGGGAUGCCAUGAAACCCGUCGAUCCGACAACCAACCGGUCCCGUGGGUACCUCGUGUUACGGGAUUUUGAUCAACAACACCAAACGCAAGAAGCAGCACCAAUCUUGCAACCGUCGCUCUUGUUUCGAUCGCAACGCAAACAAAAUCCCGUGCGACGACAGUACAAGGAAUUCUUGGCUGCUAACGCCACCAAAGAAGAAGUCACGCUGGAUCAAGUCAUUGCCUUUUGGACCCAAGACAGUUCCAAGCCUGCCUUUGUGUGGCAAAUGAUGGAACCGCAAUUCACUCCUCUAGAAAGUGACGAUGCCACGGAACAAAUCAAGGCCUUGAUUUCCAAUGUACGAGCGUGCAUUCGACAAUUGAUGGACCAAGUGCCGCAUGGAGCCUUCCCAUCAGCCUGUUGCAAGUGUCGAAUCAAUUACAGUCGCUCACUCGACAUGACACCGCAAGAAGCCAUCUUUAUAGUCUAUCUGGCAUCGCUCUCCGAAGAGCGACGACGCGAGGUUGUGGGGUUGUUGCCAAAAGAGAAUAAUGAGAAUGACGACGACGCAAGAACCCAACUAUUGGUGGAAGCAGAUCUUUUGCGCCAUGCCAUUGAUAUGAGUGAUGACAAUCAAUGA